CAUGGUGAGCGACGAUUGGGCAACCUGUGAGGAGUCUGGUUCCAGACCUCAGUACCGUGGGCCCAUGGCUGCGCCUGGCUUACGCGCGCAGAUGGACUCGCUCCUUCUGCAGCUGCUCUGGGACCUGGAAGAACUGGAGGCGAAGAGGGCAGCACUGAACGCCCGGGUGGAGGAGGGUUGGUUCUCACUCUCCAAAGCUCGCUAUGCCAUGGGUGCCAAGUCUGUAGGUCCUCUGCAGUAUGCCUCCCGCAUGGAGCCUCAGGUCUGCGUCUACACCAGCGAGGCCCAGGACGGACUCCAGAAGGUCUGGGUGGUGAGAGCCAGCGCCCAGACUCCAGAAGAGGUGGGGCCCUGUGAGGCAGCUUUACGCAGGCGCAAGGGUCUCUCCAGAACCCCAGAGCCAGAGUCUUCCCCAGCCCCCCGGGACCCUCUGAACUGGUUUGGAAUCCUGGUUCCGCACAGUCUACGUCAUGCCCAAGCCAGCUUCCGGGAAGGCCUGCAGCUGGCUGCAGACAUGGCCAGCCUUCAGAUCCGCAUUGACUGGGGUCGAAGCCAACUCGGGGGCCUCCAGGAAAAACUCAAGCAGCUGGAGCCCCAGUCUGCCUGACUUGUGACCAGAGGCUGGACAGUGAGCACAGCUGUUCUUUGGUGUGGCUACCUUAUCUCAGGCCUUCUUCCUUCACAGAUUGCCCCUGCCCCUAUUCCCACCCCAACUAAUCCCUGUUCCUUAAAAUUUCUCUGGUUUGCAUGUUUCUAGCUUUGUUAGGUGUGAAAGUUUGAAGAGCCUCAUGGAUAUAUCAGCUGUGGUUUCUUUACAGGAUAAAAUACUGCACAGUUAGUGGCAGGGAAGGA